AUGGACACUGAUGAUGACCAAAAGAUGGCCAUGCUCCGCAAGGCCUUCCAAAUGUUUGACACCACCAAGUCAGGAUACAUCGACGUCCUUAAGAUUUCAACCAUCCUGAACACAAUGGGUCAACUGUUUGAUGACUCUGAACUAAACGCUCUCAUCGAAGAGAAUGACCCGGAAGGUACUGGCAAAAUCAACUUUGAUGGUUUUUGUAACAUCGCCUCUCACUUCUUAGAAGAAGAGGAUGCUGAAGCUAUGCAACAGGAACUGAAAGAAGCUUUCAGAUUGUACGAUCGUGAAGGCAACGGUUACAUUACAACAUCCACCCUUAAGGAAAUCCUCGCGGCGUUAGACGACAAACUUAGCAACGCUGAUUUAGACGGUAUCAUCGCUGAAAUAGACACUGACGGCUCCGGCACCGUUGACUUCGAUGAAUUCAUGGAGAUGAUGACUGGCGAU